AUGUGUCGUCUUCUCACACUGGUCCACAAAUUUUGUCCACACAUGGGGCAAAUGACCCCCAGAUUCCUUCCAUCGAACCCGUCCUACUUGAGAAGGUCACCAGCGAUCAAGAACACGACCCUAAUCUUUAUUGGUCAAUUCGUAAUCGACACUGAAAUUCUUUUUUCCUUCCAACAUUUAUUCCUUUUAUCACUCCUUCCUUCUCUUAUCUUUCUUUCCUAUCAUCAUACUUUCCUUCUUUUCACCUUUCUUUCCUUCUUUGCUCUUUCCUUUCAUUUUUUCUUUUCUGAUUCUUUCCUUCCAUCUUUUCGCCUUUUUUCCUUUCGUCAUACCUUUUCUUCUUCUCUCUCCGUUCCCUUCUCUCGUUGUUUUCUCAUUUCCAUCUUUCUUCAUUUAUCUUUUUCUAUCCUUUUCUCUCUCAUCAUUCCACCCGUCAUUCUUUCCUUUUAUGUUUUUUCUUUGAUCAUUUCUUUCUUUCUUUCUUUCUUUCUUUCUUUCUUUCUUUCUUUCUUGUCGUCAUACGUUCUUUCCUUCUAUCUUUUCCCCAUCAUUCCUUUUUUUUCUUUACACCUUUUUUCUUUCCUUCACUCUUUCCUUCCUGUCAUCAUUAUUUACUUCUUUCUUUCCUUCCUUCUUUCCAUCAAUCCUUCCUUCUUUUCUUCGAUCAUUUCUUUCCGUCAUACUUCUUUCUUUCUUUCUUUCUUUCUUUCUUCACCCACUGGUCGUCACGUAACACUCGUGAACUCGUGCCAUAGAAACAUAUGUGACGAAAGCGUAGGUGUUACAUGGCUGGUGGAGUUUUCUGAGUGCCUCCAAAUAUACUGGAUCUCCGUCUGCUCAUAUCUAUCUAUCUAUCUAUCUAUCUAUCUAUCUCAGUCGGCUCAUAUCUAUCUAUCUAUCUAUCUAUCUAUCUAUCUAUCUAUCUAUCUAUCUCAGUCGGCUCAUAUCUAUCUAUCUAUCUAUCUAUCUAUCUCAGCCUGCUCAUAUCUAUCUAUCUAUCUAUCUAUCUAUCUAUCUAUCUAUCUAUCUAUCUCAGGAAGUUCAUAUUUAUCUAUCUAUCAUUUCAGAUGUAUCUAUCUAUAUAUGAAAAUUAUGAUAGAUCACAAUGUUGCUAUCUAUCUAUCUCUCUACGAACGCUGUGAUAGAUAG